AUAAGAAUAUGAACAAUAUUGACUUGGAAAGAGAAGAUCAGGAUAUUAUCAAGGACGUGCUUGAUUUGUGCCAAGACUAUGGACAGCAACUAACUAUGGACAAGCUGACUUUGAACUAUCUGUAUAAACAGGGAGAAGCAGUUCCAGAAAAAAGCAGGCUGAUGGAAAGUAGACAGAUUACAUCCGACUUGUCUUGUAAUCCAAUUUCUUCAAAUGCCAUACCAUUGAAAUGCCAGCUACCCAUUCCUAAGUCACACCAAGUUCAAACAUGGAUAAACAAUGGCAGUCAAUAUAAAGAAGCAUCUUUGCGAAACACCCCAUCAAGUGAAAAGUUUCGAAUGUAUACAAGACCACCAACUCCCGAUAGUGGAGUGUCUGAUGUUUCACCAGUUAGCUCACCUGUCUGCACCCCUACCAGCUCAUCCUGUAUAAACCCACUCCAGACAAGUCAGAGCAAGAAUGAUGUUCAUCGUUAUCGACCGAUGCCUGCAUUUAUAGACAAAAACAAACACGUUUUGAUGAAUGAAACUCAUAGAAGAACGUUCAAAUCUGUUCCUAUAUUUGACCAACAAAUUCAACGUACACAGGGCUCCAAUUAUGAUACACAAAUCCUGGAUUGUUCAUGUUCCAUGUAUUCGUAUGAACCUAUCCCGAGAAAACCAUGGUCAGACUGUAUCCACAAACAAGAGUUGCUGGAAACUGAAUUUGGUCAAUGCAAGCAUGCAAGAUCGUGGGGGAAAGGACAAGUCAGAUAUCGGGGUGAAUUUUCACCAUUAGAUGAUGAAUAUGAAGCCAAAAUUCAGAGAUAUGGAGAUCUGACCAAGUUCAUAAUUGAACCUUUUAGUAGCAAAAUAUACAAAGAUGUAUCUAAGCAUGAAAGGGCUGUGCAACGUCAAACAAUGGGAAUGGAAGAGGCCUUCAUCAUGUCUGAAUCUGGUCCAAAGAAACGUACAAGAUCUCAGAAGAAAAGACCAGUCAGUGGCCAAUCUGAAUUUCAUUUUGUCUCCUUGGAUGAUGACUCAGUAUCCAAAAGUCAAAGACGUGAAAAGCAGAUUGAAAUACCCCAUUGCAAAGCAGAAACCUUUUCUAGCCAACCAAAAGAGGAGGUAGACUCUUCUAGCCAAUCAAAUGCAGAGGUAGGCUUUUCUAGCCCACCAAAACAGGAGGUAGGCUUUUCUAGCCAACCAAAAGAGAAGGUAGGCUUUUCUAGCCCACCAAACGAGGAGGUAGGCUUUUCUCGCCCACCAAACGAGGAGGUAGCCGCUUCCAGCCCCGAAAUGGCCACACAGAGUCAGGUCCUACCAAUCCUCAUUAAAGAUCCAAUGCUUCCAUCAGAGUCUGUCAUGCGCAAAAAUUACGUAUCAGGGAUAUUUGAUCACAGCGGAGGACAUCUGUUACUGAUGGAGAUGAAGGUAAAGUUGUUCAUCCCUCCUGGUGCCAUUCCUAAGGAUGUCGAGCAAGAAAUAUUUAUUUAUGUAUCUUGGGAAAAUCAGCAUCAACUGAAAUGUCCCAAACCGAAGACUAGUGCUGGUCCUAUCAUUAUCUGUGGUCCUAAUGGUCUGAAGUUUCGAGAAAGAGUGUGUCUUACUUUUAAUCACUGUUUUGAAUCCGCUGGUGAGAAAUGGAAACUUUCUCCAGUCUACACUGCUACAGAUAUUGACAAGCCGAGUAACUAUCAACCACUGAUAGAUCCAAAUAAAGAGUUGAGUGAGCAGACAUCAACGUGCUUAUUAGAUGUAUGCAACGGAAAACAGAGAGUAACUAUUCUAGUUAGUCAUUUCACUGGAUUUGGUUUGAUGGCUGAGCCAGUCCAGUUGAAUGCAUUGAGUAUUGCUGAUGCCGAGAUGGAUCCAGCACCUCCGAAUGUUCAGGGACUAGGUGUUGCUGGAGCCAGGAUUGAUCCAGUAAAUCCGAAUGGUCUGGGUCCAGGUGAGGCUAAAGCCAAGAUGGAUUUGGUACUUCCAAAUGGUGAGGGUGCAUGUGUUGCUGAAACUGAUAUGGAUCUGGCACCAUCUAAUGGUCCGAUUACAGUGCAUGUAGGUCUGGAUAAGCAGUGGAUGUAUACCAUGGUUUAUCUGUCAAUGCAGACUGAUAUACAGUUACGUGUGUACGUGGUGAAACAAAUCCCUGGUGCUGAACAGUGGGUUGAACAUGAGGAACGUAAACUUAGUAACCCUGGAAUGAAAUGUGAUGCAACUAAACAGCUAGCUUUCUAUCCAAACAAGAAAGGAAUUAUGGUCAAUCUUGUUAACUUUGAAACAGGAUGGGAGCUUUAUCCUUCACAAGAGGACCCUCAGCGGGUUAGUAUUCUCUUGCACAGUGCAUGGUGUUGGCAGUGA